AAGCAGCACUGACUUUUUUCAUAUUUGCUGAAUAUAUGCAAGGAGGAGGGCAGCUCCCUGGCUCAAGAGCAAAUGGCCAGAGAACUCAGAAGACCAGAAGAAAAUUCCUGGCCACUCAGCAUGGUGUCCCAGGGAUCCUCGCCCUCCCUUCUGGAGGCCCUGAGCAGCGACUUCCUGGCCUGUAAAAUCUGCCUGGAGCAGCUGCGGGCACCCAAAACCUUGCCCUGCUUGCACACCUAUUGCCAGGACUGCCUCGCUCAGCUGGCCGAGGGCGGCCACCUCCGAUGCCCUGAGUGCCGCGAGACCGUGCCAGUCCCACCAGCAGGCGUGGCCGCCUUCAAGACCAACUUCUUUGUCAAUGGGCUCCUGGAUUUGGUGAGGGCGCGGGCCGGGGGAGACCUGCAUGCAGGAAAGCCAGCCUGUGCACUGUGCCCCCUGAUGGGGGGUGCCAGUGCCGGGGGGCCAGCCACAGCCCGGUGCCUAGACUGUGCUGAUGACCUGUGCCAGGCCUGUGCCGAUGGGCACCGCUGCACCCGGCAGACUCACACCCACCGAGUGGUGGACCUGGUGGGCUACAGGGCAGGGUGGUAUGACGAGGAGGCCCGGGAGCGCCAGGCAGCCCAGUGCCCCCAGCACCCAGGAGAGGCCCUGCGCUUCCUGUGCCAGCCCUGUUCCCAGCUACUGUGCCGUGAGUGUCGCCUGGAUCCCCACCUGGACCACCCCUGCCUGCCCCUGGCUGAAGCUGUGCGUGCCCGAAGGCCAGGCCUUGAGGAGUUACUAGCAGGCGUGGACAAGAACCUGGCCGAGCUGGAGGCUGCCCGGAUGGUGGAAAAGGAAGCCUUAGCCCGCCUGCGGGAGCAAGCGGCCAGGGUGGGGACACAGGUGGAGGAGGCUGCUGAGGGGCUUCUCCGGGCCCUCCUGACCCAGAAGAAGGAGGUGCUGGGGCAGCUACGGGCCCACGUGGAGGCCGCUGAGGAGGCUGCUCGGGAAAGGCUGGGAGAGCUGGAGAGCCGGGAGCAGGUGGCCAGGGCUGCGGCUGCCUUUGCCCGUCGGGUGCUCGGCCUCGGUCGUGAGGCCGAGAUACUCUCGCUGGAGGGGGCGAUUGCCCAGAGGCUCCGGCAGCUGCAGGGUUGUCCCUGGGCGCCUGGACCAGCCCCCUGUCUGCUGCCCCAGCUGGAGCUUCAUCCUGGGCUCCUGGACAAGAACAGCCACCUGCUGUGGCUCUCCUUUGAGAACCAGCAGUCCCAGAAGGACAGUGGGAAAGAUGGAGCUGGGAGCCAGGGAGGGGAGGAAGCCCAGAGCCCCAGAGAGGAUGGAGCCAAGAUGGAGAGACAAGGUGCCGCCCAGCCCCCGAGUAGGGAUGGAGCCCAGCCCCCAAAAGAGGACAGAGCCCAGAUGCCCCAGGAAAAUGGAGCCCAGACCCCAAAGACAGACAGAGCCCAGACCCCGAGAGAAGGCAGGUCCCAGAUGCCUCAAGAAGAUGGAGAAGUCCAGACUGCAGGGGGCGGCAGAUCCAACAAGAAGAGGAAAUUCAAAGGCAGGCUCAAGUCCAUUUCCCGGGAGCCCAGCCCUGCGCCCGGGCCCAACCUGGAGGGCUCUGGCCUCCUCCCCAGGCCCAUCUUUUCCUGCAGCUUUCCCACUCGGAUGCCUGGAGACAAGCGGUCUCCCCGGAUCACUGGGCUCUGUCCCUUUGGCCCCCGGGAGAUCCUGGUGGCUGAUGAGCAGAACAGGGCUCUGAAGCGCUUCUCCCUUAAUGGCGACUACAAAGGCGCGAUACCUGUCCCUGAGGGCUGCUCCCCGUGCAGCGUGGCCGCCUUGCAGGGUGCGGUGGCCUUCUCAGCCGGGGCUCGGCUGUACCUCAUAAGCCCUGACGGCGAGGUGCAGUGGCGCCGGGCACUGAGCCUGUCCCAGGCCAGCCAUGCGGUGGCUGCAAUGCCGAGUGGGGACCGGGUGGCUGUCAGUGUGUCGGGCCACGUGGAGGUGUACAACAUGGAAGGCAGCCUGGCCACCCGCUUCAUCCCUGGGGGCAAGGCCAACCGAGGCCUUCGGGCACUGGUGUUUCUGACCACCAGCCCCCAGGGCAAUUUCGUGGGCUCAGAUUGGCAGCAGAACAGCGUGGUGGUCUGUGACGGGCUGGGUCAGGUGAUUGGGGAGUACGGAGGGCCGGGCUUGCAUGGCUGCCAGCCAGGCUCCGUGUCUGUGGAUAAGAAGGGUUAUAUUUUUUUGACUCUCCGAGAGGUCAACAAGGUGGUGAUCCUGGACCCGAAGGGGUCAUUGCUAGGCGACUUCCUGACAGCCUAUCAUGGCCUGGAAAAGCCCCGGGUGACCACCAUGGUGGACGGCAGGUACUUGGUCGUGUCCCUCAGUAAUGGGACCAUCCACAUCUUUCGGGUCCGCUCUCCUGACAGUUAA